ACAAGAGAAAGACACUGGCCAGGUGUAGUUGUUUAUUUAUAGUUAAUUAAGUGAAAUUGGUAUUAAUUAAUAAGCACUGUGUAAUUGUAACAAGAAUCAUUAAUAUUAUCUUAAAAAAUAAAUAAAUAAUAUUAUUAUAUUAAAAAUUGUGUGUUAUCUGCAAUGUAUGUUGCGCACUUGUCGCCCAGUUGAGUCAUCAUUAUUAACAUAGGCCAAGUCUGCAGCAGCACCUUCACAGUUAGUAUUGUUGGGCGCAGUGUUUUGGGUGCGCCAAAGUUUUGAUGGCGUAAUUUUUAACUGCAUUCGCACCAGCCAAUGGUCAAAAAUUGAAAUUCCAAUAUACUAUUUCGAAAAAUAUUAUCGCUGGUAUUCAAUAGAAUGGAAGACUAUAAAUUCCUAUUUAAAAUAGUUUUAGUGGGUAAUGCUGGUGUUGGAAAGACGUGUCUUGUACGUAGAUUUACACAAGGACUAUUUCCACCUGGCCAAGGUGCCACAAUAGGUGUUGACUUCAUGAUUAAAACUGUCGAAGUUGAAGGAGAAAAAAUUAAGUUACAAAUUUGGGAUACUGCAGGACAGGAACGUUUCCGUUCCAUUACACAAAGUUACUAUAGAUCAGCACAUGCAUUAAUACUCGUUUAUGAUAUUAGUUGUCAGCCAACAUUUGAUUGCUUGCCGGAUUGGUUGCGCGAAAUACAGGAAUAUGCUAACUCAAAGGUUUUAAAAAUUUUAGUAGGCAAUAAAACAGAUCGCGAUGACCGCGAAAUACCAACUCAAGUUGGUGAAGAAUUUGCCAAACAACAUGAUAUGUACUUUUUAGAAACAUCAGCCAAAGAAGCUGAAAAUGUGGAACGUUUGUUCUAUGAAAUUGCAGCAGAACUUAUUGACCAGGCGAGAAGCAAAGAUAACACCACUGCAAACAAGAGCGCUACUGACGCUAUCGGACUUGGUAAUUUGGGUGCAAAGGCUACGCAAACCAAUUGUUGUAGCAGUUUAAGCAAUUCUCCUAGUCAAUCCAAUAAUAGCACUUAAAUGUUGUUGUGUGUCGUCGGUAUAUUAUUGUGUGUUUUAAUUUUUAAUAGUAUUUUUAUGCAAUCAAUCAAAGCUACGAGGGAUGCUAAACGUGUGUUAUUUUGACUUUUUACGUUUUUUAGUUAAGUAUUUUAGUUAUUUAAUAUAUGUACUUUUUAAAUAUUAUAAUUUAUAUUAUUUUCAGUUUGCAAUAGUUUUAUAUUGAAAUGUUCUUUAACAUUCUUGUAUUAAUCAACUAUUUGAAAUUAUUCGUAUUUUAAAAAGUAUUUUACGAAUUUGUUAUGUUUUAAUUAUUUUUUAUACACGUUGAACUAUAAGAAAUUAAUGAAAAUAGAGAAACUAUGAACAUUAACUAAAAAAAACAUUCCAAAAUAUUUUAAGAAUAAAUCGUAUUAG